AUGCGCAAGGCCAAAACUAACACGGCACGACUAGAUGUGAGAUUGGUCUCUUCCAACGUCCCUGCGCUAGACGGACCAGACAAUCCGUACCGACAACUCUCAUGGACGGCACUAUCAUCCCCGGUCCUCUUGGACACAAUAGUCUGCAUAGCUACGGAGCACAUGCUCAACUUUGGCCUGGGCAGCGUGUCAACAGCAGCGCACCGUCAACAACGCAUGCUCCGAACAAUUGGACAAAACCUGCGACUGAUUGAAGCCGGGAAUGGCUGUGAAACGAGAGACGUAGUAGUACCAACCAGAUCCUGCGAUCACGAGGCACUACUCACAGCAAUUGUCCUACAAGGGGUUGUCGUCGCCCAGUCAGAGGAUGGGAUCUUGGAACCGCAUGUCAGAUGCGCAUCAUUCCUCAUGCAGACGCUGGACUACUUUGACCAGAUACCACGCAGCGCCCUCACCCGGAUGGCGGUGCAACGGUUCGCCAUGGUUGACGUGAUGCUGGCCAUCGCGCGACAGCGACGGCCGUACGCACCUGGCAACUUCAUUCUGCACCAACCUGAUGCGGCGCGGUGGGACGGGACUGAGCCUUCUUUCCACGAGAUGACGGGAUGUCCCCAACCCCUGAUGUGUUUUCUAGUGAGGAUUGCGCAUCUUGCGUGUGACGUUGAGGAUCGCUUGGAGCAACAGGCGUCGAUCAGCGAUCUCCUCGCUCAAGCUCAUCGAUUAGAAAAUGAUCUCCGCUCAUGGGGUUCUCAUUAUACGGGUAUCACCUCAGGGUUGACGGGGUGUGAAAGCCGACCACCGCUAGACAUUCUCACGGAGUGCUAUUAUUGGACCGCUCAUUUACUACUCGCGCGACGCGUGUUUAGAGAUCCAACUCGCUGUCGCCGAGUCCAGCAUCUUACACAAACCUGUUUUGGCUUGAUGGAUCGUCUUUCUACAGGUUGUGGCCCCGACUCGUCACUGCCGCAACCAUUCUAUCUUGCAGCUCGGGAGGCUGUCACCCCGAGCGACCGUGCUUGGGUGCGACAGAAGCAUCGGUCGAUGACCGAGUACUAUCGGGAACAACAACGCAACAUGGCGAUGCGACUCACGGAGCGAGUCUGGGAGAUCACGGACGAGUUACAAUUGAAGAACACUGGCAUGAUUGAGAUUGACCCGGACCAGGCGGUUUCGAGUGCAGACAGACAGAUUAAAGCCCUAGAUGCAGGAUCUUGUUUGUUUGCAUUUUGA